CCCCCCGCUCCGGGCUGCUGCCGCCUCCCCGCCCGCCGCCACCUGCCUCUCCCUCCGCUGCGCCGCUGCCGACCUGAGGCCCUGGGCAUCGGCUUAUCUUCGCGCUGCAGCCCGACCGAAAUGGAGCCGUCCGCGGGAAGCCGCCGGGAGUGAGCCCCGCUUCCCCACCGACCCACUGGCCGCCCCCUCGGCGCCCGCGCUCGCUCCGAUGGAGCUGGAGGAGACGCCGCUCGCCCCUCCGAAGACCAUGCUGCUUAUGCUGAGGAAAGUUCGCAGGAGGCGGGAGAUGCUGCUGCAGCAGCUGGGCUUCAUCUGCGCCAUCCUGUUCUUCGCCUGGUGCAUGUCCAGCCUGCUCUCCAGAGCGGGCCAAGAAUCAGCUGUUGCCGACAGAAGCAUUAUAUCAGGAAUAUGGAGGAAUAGAAGGUUGAUGGCAUCACCUAAUGGGACGCAUGAAGAGAAGAACUGUACAGAGCCAGCCAUUAAUGAGUUUCCUGAAGAUAUAUUUACAAAUAAAGAACGUCAGCAAGGAGGAAUUCUGCUUCAUAUCAUUGCUGCUCUUUAUAUGUUUUAUGCUUUGGCCAUAGUAUGUGAUGACUUCUUUGUUCCAUCCUUAGAGAAAAUUUGUGAGAAACUACAUUUGAGUGAAGAUGUUGCUGGAGCCACAUUCAUGGCAGCAGGGAGCUCCACCCCAGAACUGUUUGCAUCUGUUAUAGGUGUAUUUAUCACUCAUGGAGAUGUAGGAGUUGGGACCAUUGUUGGUUCAGCAGUUUUCAAUAUCCUCUGCAUUGUUGGUGUCUGUGGACUGUUUGCAGGACAGGUGGUUUGUCUCACCCAGUGGGCUGUGUUCAGGGAUUCUGUGUACUACACAAUAUCAGUGAUUGUACUUAUUGUGUUCAUAUAUGAUGAAAAAAUAGAAUGGUGGGAAAGCCUUGUACUCAUCAUUAUGUAUUCAUUCUACAUACUUAUCAUGAAGUACAACGUGAGGAUGCAAAAUUUCUUCACCCUUAAAAGCAAGAAUGUUGGAAAUGGUGACACAGUCAACAAUGAGCUGGAAGAUGGUAAUAAAUGUUAUGCCUCUAGUUGUGAUGACCCAUCCAUUCCAUUACUAUGGAAAGUGAAGGGGAUACAGCAGUAUGGCAAAAACAGUGUUGUGAUGGUGGAUGAGAUAAUCUGCUCCAGUCCUCCCAAAUACCGGUUCCCUGAAGCUGGAUUACGGAUUAUGAUCACAAAUAAGUUUGGACCACGCACCAGGAUGCGGAUGGCGAGCCGGCUCAUCAUUAACGAGCGCCAGCGGUUAAUCCAAUCUGCCAAUGGCUCAAGCAAAGCACUUCAGAACAGGAGACAGGAGAAUAUUGAAAAUGGAAACAUCCCUGUGGGGAACCAAGAAGAGGAGAAUGAACAGGACAGUCUAACUCCAUUUUCAGUGCCAGAGGGAAAAAUGAACAAAAUUAAAUGGCUUUUGACAUGGCCGUUGAUAUUUGUGCUGUUUGCCACAAUUCCAAACUGCAGCAAACCACGCUGGGAGAGGUGCUUUAUGCUGACAUUUGUCUUGUCCACUCUCUGGAUUGCCUUGUUCUCUUACUUCAUGGUGUGGAUGGUGACUGUGAUUGGAUACACCCUUGGGAUACCAGAUGUGAUCAUGGGCAUUACUUUCCUGGCUGCAGGAACAAGUGUCCCAGACUGCAUGGCCAGCUUAAUAGUAGCAAGACAAGGCCUUGGUGACAUGGCAGUAUCCAAUACAGUAGGGAGCAAUGUCUUUGACAUUCUGGUGGGACUUGGUGUUCCAUGGGGUUUGCAGACCAUGGCGAUCGAUUAUGGAUCAACUGUGAAAAUUAACAGCAAAGGAUUGGUUUAUUCAGUUGCACUUUUGCUAGGAUCAGUGGCACUAACUGUGUUUGGAAUCCAUUUUAAUAAGUGGAAACUUGACAGGAAGUUAGGCAUCUACGUGCUGCUUCUUUAUGCUAUUUUCCUGUGUUUAUCGAUAAUGAUAGAGUUCAAUGUCUUCACCUUUGUCAACUUCCCUAUGUGCCGAGAAGAACUCCCUGUCGGAGAUGCCAGUGAAGAGGGGAAGGAGACACAUCUCUGUCAGGCCAGUGCUGUGCAAAAUUGCCUCCAGCUCCCAGGGAUCAGCAUCCUUGACAAACUCAUCAAGACGUGUCCUGUGUGGCUGCAGCUGAACAUGAGCCAGGAAAGGGCUGGGGCGAUACUUGGCAAAGAAACAGCAGGGAUAUUCUUAGUUAGGAAGGAGGGUAAUGUGAGCAACAUGGUCCUUGCAGUCCGCCUGCCAGUGCAGAACGAGGCUCCUGCUGUGCUGGAGUACAACAUUAAAGAAGAAAAAUCAAUCCUGUACCUGGAAGGAUCGGUCCUUGUAUUUGAGGAUGUUUUCAAAUUGGUUGCCUUCUACUGUGUCAGCAGGGAUUUGCUGCCCUUUACCCUGAAGCUGCCACAAGCAAUAUUAGAAGCCAGUAGCUUUCAAGACCUUGAAAUUAUCUCUAGUCUGGGGAUAGAUUUCUGGGAUUCCUACUUAAACCACAGGAGACAGGACUUAUCCCACCCUGCAAAAGACUCUGCUUUCAGCACUGCCCAGGCAGACAGUUUAAGAACUACCCAGUGUUUUGCAAGUAGCACAAACCACUGCUCAUGUGAAAUUGAGCUGUCAAUAGGAAAUGACAGGCUGUGGUUUGUGAAUCCUAUUUUUAUAGAAGAGUACAGUAAUCCUUGUCCUCCAGAUGUGUCUUCUCCUAAAGGCCACUCUGGGAGCACUGAACUGCCCCCUGCCACCAUGCUUACUGAAAAGAGGUCUCCUCGACGUCCUCCGCCCCCUCCACCCUCUCAUGGGCCCGUUCAGAAACCUUCCCUGAAGCUCCCUCAGGACCCCAUGACUGCCUGUGAAGAAAACAAGCUACUUAUUAAGCCACUAGGAAAGAGUUUCGAGGAAACGCAAACGGAGGGUGGUGACGAUAAAGAAGAAAGGAAGCAGAGCUGCUCGGCCAGCGCGCCCUUGGCAGGGAGCCCCAGGAAGGGCUCCCAGCCCUCUGCUCCCCCGCGGCGGCGGCCGAGCGAGAGGACCUCAGAGGAGAGCUCUGUGGGUAACCCUGAAAAUUGUGAAACGCUGAAAGGGGAAGGGACAGAAGGAAACCAAGACACAAGUGCAGAGAGCAGAGAUAAAACACUGCUGUGCAAAAAGGCUGUAGAGAUACCUGGAGAGGUUCCCAAAAAGGCUGUAUCACAGCUUCAGGAGACAAACCCUGAACCUGCAGAGAAGAAGGAGGACAUGCCUAAGAUACAAGGCAAUGCCACUGAGAAAGGAAAGUCACCUCCUGUCCCACCACCGAGAAGAAAGAGAAUUUCCCAGGUACCGAGGACCCCCAGCUCCUGCCAGCCGAAGCAAAGAACAGCAGGAGAGGCUGGUGUGGCUGCAGGGCAGGCUGUGUGCAAGGGCAGCCCAGCCACAGGGACGGGUGCUGCCACUUGCACACACGCCAAGACUGAGCCGGGACACAGCCACAAAUCUGUCGGCUCAGCUGAACUGGCAGGGUCACACUUGUCCCUGGAGGACCUGGGAGGCAGCACCGUGGCUCAGGCAUCAACAUCUGAGCCAGACUCCUACUCCACCAGCAGCACAGAGGAUGACCUGGAGAUGCUGAGUGGUUCAUCUGGUAAAAAGACACGCUCGGUGAUCUUGGCCAAGGCCAAAAACAGGCUGUCCUUGGUGAACCUGUCCAACGUCUUCACAGUCUUUUUGUCUAGCGACAGGAAGCUGCAGAAGAAGAUAGUGGAGCUGGCACAGGACAAGGAGUCCUACUUUGGCAACCUGGUGCGGGACUACAGAGUGUACAGUUUGGAGAUGAUGGCAAAGCAGAGCUCCAGCACAGAGAUGCUACAGGAGAUCCGGCUGAUGAUGACUCAGCUGAAGAGUUACUUAGUGCAGAGCACUGAGCUGAAAUCCCUGAUAGACCCAGCCUCCUACACAGAGGAACAGUUAGAAGUGAUUGCUGAGACAGCUUUGUACAAAUGUGUCCUGAAACCUUUAAAGGAAGCCAUUAAUUCUUCCUUAAAAGAAAUACACAGCAAAGAUGGAUCUUUACAGCAGCUGAAAGAGAACCAACUUGUGAUACAAAACACAACUACCACUGACCUGGGUGUCACAACCAGUGUGCCUGAAACUGCUGUGCUGGAAAAGAUCCUUCACAAGUUCACGACCAUGCACAAGACCUACUCUCCAGAAAAGAAAAUUGCCAUCUUGCUGAAGACCUGCAAACUCAUCUAUGACUCCAUGGCUCAGGGAAAUCCAGGGAAGCCCUAUGGUGCAGAUGACUUCCUCCCUGUGCUCAUGUACGUGCUGGCCCGCAGCAACUUGACUGAAGUCCUUCUGAAUGUGGAGUAUAUGAUGGAGCUCAUGGACCCUGCUCUGCAGCUGGGAGAAGGCUCCUAUUAUUUAACCACCACCUACGGGGUCCUGGAGCACAUCAAGAACUACGACAAAAUCACUGUGACACGGCAGCUGAGCGUGGAGGUUCAGGACUCCAUCCACCGCUGGGAGCGACGGAGAACGCUGAACAAGGCCCGGGCUUCCCGCUCCUCAGUACAGGAUUUCAUCUGUAUCUCCUUUCUGGAAAUCAGUGGUCAGUCGAGGACCCUUGCUUCCCGUCGCGAUACCACAGCUGAGCAGCUGAGCCAGCAGUGUGCCGAGAAGUUUGAAGUAUCCCAUCCCGAGGACUAUGGACUCUUUGUUUAUGUUGAUGACCAGUGGCUGCAGCUGGACAAAGAUGCCCUUCCACACCAUAUUAAAGCCUCCCUUCUGAAGAAUGAAACCAAGAAAGAUUUCCAUUUUAUUUAUAAACCAAUUGACCAUAAAACCCCACCAUUUAAAAUUGUCAAAGAGUCAGACUUUUCCUAAGGGCCAUGCUGCUUUUUUCUGUCUUUGCUGUCAUCCUGGAAGAGCUGGAUAGUUUACCUUGUGAGAUCCUCUGGUAUCUGCAGACCGUGGAAGUUCUCUGGAGCGUGGUCUUCAACAUAGGGCAGAUGGGCUAAUGCCAGAUGGUGUCUGAACACACGGCAUUUCUCAGUAGAGAUCAUUUGCAGAAGUAAAAGGAGCAUUCAGGAGAACACUCAUCCUCUGGAAAACUUGAAGUAUCAAGCCUCAGAACCUCUCAGCUGCAACCAGCCAACACUGCAGAAUGUAAAUGAACAGUAGAGAAAAUCCAGAGAUCUUGCAAAAAGGUGGACAUUUACUUUAUAAUAAAUGAUGGCAGGUGUGUAUCACAUCUGUGCACAAGGCCUUUGAAAGGCCUGCACACACCUCAAUCUGUUUGGAGGUAAGAUUGUGUUUGUGCUUUAUGGUAUCUGUUCACCCAGUUUGAAUAAACUGGGUCUUGUCUGAUGUAUUCAGUGGCACAGGGUUGCCACCUGUAGCAGAGCUCCAUCUCUGUCCUGCUGUCAACAACGUCUUUGCCUUUGAAAUCCACAUAAUUACAAACAGUGCAAGAUGAUCCUGUAUUUUCACAAAGAAUAUAUUUUUUGCCUUCUAUCUGUCACUCAAACCAGGUAGCAUAGGCAUUUUCAUCAAUGCAUUUUUCCUAAAGAUUCAAAGUCUUCACCAUCAGUUUUACAUGUACAGCAGUUUUAUUCACAUUGGUUGUUUCUUAGUGUCUGGUUAAUUGUAUAUUUAUUUUAAUGUGUGAUAUGGUGCAAUUAUUUUAAAAUAAGCCUUUGUAAAGAACUUAAUAAUUUGCCCAAUGUAUCAAACCAGAUUAAAAUUUGAAAGUCAAAAGGAGUUAGAAUUAAAUACCAAUCCCUUUUUACAUGGCUGUCAUUUUCACAAGUGUUAUCCUAGCUGUAAUUCCCACCAGGUUAUUACUUUAAUAAAUCCAAACUGCAUUCAGACAGAACUUUCUAAUUCUCCUUUCUAUGUGCAC